AUGACUCAGUGUAAAGAUGGAUGGGGAGAAGCUGAUGGUUCUACCUGCAACCUGACCUACAUCCUCCCAUUAGAUACUGGUCUGUACUGGUGUGAGUCUGGAUCCUCCAACAGCAGCAGCAGCAGCAGCAGCAGCAGCUGCAGCAGCAGCAGCAUCAGCAGCAGCAGCAGCAGCUGCAGCAUCCAGCUCUCUGUCUCUGGAUCAGUGAUCCUGCAGAGUCCUGUCCUCCCUGUGAUGGAGGGAGAUGACGUCACUCUGAGCUGCAGAGCAAGGAAUCCAACCCACAACCUCCCAGCUGCUUUCUAUAAAGAUGGCUCCUUCAUUGGUGAUGGAUCAGCAGGCAGCAUGACCCUCCUCCAUGUUUCCAGCUCUGAUGAAGGCCUCUAUAAAUGUAGCAUCAGCGGUUCUGGAGAGUCUCCAUCCAGCAGGGUCUCUGUCAAAGGGAGAGUCUCCUCCACUCCUCCUUCCUCCACCUUUCCUCCCAGUUCCCAGUCUCCGGUGGAUUCUUCCUCUCCCAGUCUUCCUCCUCCUCUUCCUCUCUGUCUCGGUCUCGUCUUCAUCUUCGUCUUCGUCUUCCUGGUUCUGCUGCUGAAAUGUUUUGUCAAGAGGAAACAUGAAGCUGAUGAAGAUGAAGAUGAAGAUCUGUCCCACAGUGAUGAUGCGUCACAAACACGACUGCAGCCAAUCAGAUGCAGCAAAGACGGCGACCGGGCUUCGGUUUACUCUGCAGUGAGGAUGGAGAACCGAGACGGACAGCAGAGCAGCAGAGAGGAGGAAGACGAGCUCAGAGAGAACGAAUCGUCUGCUGUUUAUUCAUAUGUUAGAAAAGGAAACGCAGAGAGAGUCAACAGGACUGAAGAUCCGCAGCCAGAGAUCAGCUACUCUUCUCUCCUGAUCCACCAGUGACAUCCGUCCACCGGACCCGGUCUGUCCACCGGACCCGGUCCGGUUUAACUGGUCCGUCUCCCAGCUAACUGGACUGGACUGUCUUCAUGUUGGUUUAUGAUCUGGUUUCUUACAAUGUGACAUUUAUUCAGAGUUUUAUCAAUAUUUUAAUGU